UGGCUGUGUGUCUCGCGGAGCCUCGUGCUGGUUUGGUUGAUUUCUAGCUCGCGCUCUCGUUCUGUAACAGAAGCCCCCCCCACACACACACUCGUACACACACACACACUCACUAGUGUCGGUGAAAUACAUUUUGUGCCGGGCUCCUCUGUAUUUAUUAUAUUUUUUGAAAACUUUUUCCCCUCUCCGUUUUUGCUUGAAACGGAGUCGCGGUGGAUUAACCGGAUACCGGGGCGGAGGGGCUAAAUCUCGGGGGGGGGGAAUGAACCGGGACGUCGGGUACGUUGGUAUAAAUAUAACCGUAUUUAUAUUCAAUGGUGUUUUUAGGGAGUUUGACUGUGAGUGAGUCUCGGUGCUGAGAGAGAGGCAGUGAACGAGAGGAGAGAGGGAGAGACAUAAUGGCCGCUCAGGUCGCCAGCGUCGCCUCUCUCAACACAAGCCCGCCAUCCGAACUCAAGAAGCCGGAUCGGGACUCGCAGGAGGACUCGGUGGUGGUACCGGGGGAGAAACUGCAGGAAAAUAAGGAACCGGGAACCGACGGCGGAUCUCCGGGUCAGAAGGAGGACGGGAGCGAUGGAGGAGGAGGAGGGGAUCCCGAUAUGAAGAACGGGAAUGUUCCCAGGGUAAAUAAUAAUAAUAAUAAUAAUGAUUCAAGCGAGGGGAACAACCAUCCCGGAAUGGGACACCACCAUCCGGGCCCCUUUCCUCCACCUCCUUACGGUUACAACCAGCACUACAGCCGGGCCCCUUUUCAUCAACAUGGCGGACAACAAAGCCCUGGCAUGGCAGCUGCAUCGGGGCCGGGCAUGAUGGACCCUUACCCGGCUAACUCACACGAAUACCCCAACCCCAACCAUUACAACAACUAUAGCCCUUUCCAAAACAGGACUUCUUCUUCCUCUUCUUCUUCCUACCAGGGCUACGGAGCCAUGACUUCCCCGCGAAAUAACAGCCAGGCUCCAACGGCCGGGGGGCAGCCAGGCAAGCAGCAGCCAGCAGGAGGAACCACUGCUGCUUCGUACAAUAAUCAGAGGUAUAACAUGGGAACCCAACAACCUACAUCCACGCCAACUUUAAAUCAGCUUUUGACAUCCCCCAGUUCAGCAAGGAGCUACCCGAAUUACCCCCAAGGAGACUAUAACAAUCAGGAAGGGGCCAGCAAGGGACCAGCAGAUAUGGGCAGUCAGUAUGGAGGUGGUGGUGGUGGAGGAGGAGGAGGAGGUGGUGGUGGUGGUGGUGGUGGUGGGGUCCAUCCGGGUUGGCAACAAAGGAGCCACCAUCAAGCUCCCAUGAGCCCGGGAAACACUGGACAACCUCCCAGCAGAAACCAGCCUCCGAGCCCAAUGGAGCAAGUAGGGAAAAUGCGUGGCCAGCCAUCAUAUGGAGGACCCAACCCUUACUCCCAGCAGCAGCAAGGCCCUCCAGCAGGUCCUGGUCCCCAGCAAGGAGGCUCCUAUCCUGGGCAAGGAUACGGACCUCCAGGCCCUCAGAGGUAUCCAAUGGGGAUGCAGAACCGAACGCCUGGCGCUAUGGGCGGCAUGCAGUACGGACAACAGAUGUCAGGUUAUGGUCAGCAGGGUCCCGGGGGCUACAGCCAGCAGGGUCAGGCUUACUACGCUCAGCACGGCGCCCCCCCCCACCCUGCCCAACAACAACAACAACAACAACAACAGCAGCCUCCUUACGCAGGCCAGCCUCAGGGCGUCUCUGGAGCUCCGUACCCUCAACAGGGACACCCAUCGCAGCCCUCUGGACAACACGGACAACCAGGAGCCCCUUACCAACAACCCCAAGGUCCCCAUGGCCCUCCUCAAGGUCAACCUCCCUACAACCAGCCCCCCCAAACUCAGCCUGGACAGCCAAACUACGUUCCUCCUCCACAGGCUCAACAGGGACCAGGACCCCAAAGUCAACAGGGUCCACAAGGUCAACCUGGCUAUCAACAGCCUCCUGGAGCAGGGCAACCCCCACAGCAAAGCCCACAGCAGAGCCCCCAACAACAACAACAACAACAGCCCCCACAACAACAACAACAACAACCAGGAGGAACACCGUCUCAAGCCCAGCAACCUCCAGGUCACGGGCAACAGGCGCAACAGGGGCAACAGGCGCAACAGGGGCAACAGGGGCAACAGGGGCAACAGGGGCAACAGGCGCAACAGGGGCAACAGGCGCAACAGGGGCAACAUUCCCCUUAUUCCCAUACUCCCCCUCUUCAACAGCCACCACAACAACAACAACAGUCUCCAUAUCAGAGGUUCCCCCCUCCUCCACAGGAGCUUUCCCAGGACUCGUUCAGCUCUCAGUCGAGCGCUCCUCCUUCCAACCAGCCCAUGGCUUCCAAUAAAAGCAGCCAGGAGGACAGCAUGCAGGGGCGGCCCUCCAGUCUGCCGCCCACAUUUAGAGAACAAAACCAAACGUAUAUUACUGAUGUCAGGCAUGAGUCCUACACCAAUCAGUAUCCAGGCCAAGGAGCGCCCCCUGGUGGCCCGUACCCCAAUCAGCAGCCAGGAAUGUAUCCUCAGCAGCAGCCGAACUACAAGCGUCCAGUAGACGGGGGUUACGGCCCUCCUGCGAAGCGCCACGAGGGGGAAAUGUACAACUACAGCGGUCAGCCGGGCCCCCAGCCCUCGGGGCCCCCGGGCCAACAGGAGAUGUACAACCAGUACAACGCGUAUCCUGGAGGAGAACGAAGACCCCCAGGUCCCCAGAACCAGUUCCCUUUCCCCUUCGGACGAGAGCGUGUCCCCUCGUCUUCAGGGCCAAACUCCCAGUCUCCCAUGCCUCCUCAGAUGAUGGCGAGCGCCAUGCCAUCGGGCCCCGAAGGCCCCCAGGGUCCCAUGUGGCAGGGACGCAACGAAAUGGGUUAUAAUUACCCAAACCGACAAGGAGCGGGUCAAAACCCCGGGUAUCACGGCAUGAAUCGCUCAGAGGAAAUGAUGCCAGGGGACCAACGGAUGAAUCACGAUGGUGGUCAGUGGCCGGGUCAUCAGAGGCAGCCUCCUUUUGGCCCCGGGGGCUCCGGACCCCCCAUGACACGCCCCCUACCGUCCACCUAUCAGACCUCUCAGAACCACAUUCCUCAGGGAAGCAGUCCAACGCCAAUGCCACGACCCAUGGAGAGUAGGACGUCGCCAAGCAAGUCUCCGUACAUGCACCCGGGCAUCAAAGUACAGAAAGCAGGACCCCCGAUACCCGCCUCUCACAUUGGACACGCCCCCGUUCAGCAGCCGAUGAUCCGGAGAGACGUGGCUUUCCCCCCCGGAUCUGUGGAAGCAUCGCAGCCACAUCUGAAGCCCCGAAGGAGACUCACCGUCAAAGAAAUCGGCACUCCUGAGGCCUGGAGAGUGAUGAUGUCUCUAAAGUCAGGAUUACUGGCUGAGAGCACCUGGGCUCUGGACACCAUCAACAUCCUGCUGUACGACGACAACAGCAUCACUACUUUCAACCUGUGCCAGCUGCCGGGCUUCCUGGAGCUGGUGGUGGAAUAUUUCAGACGCUGCCUCAUCGAGAUCUUCGGCAUCUUAAAGGAGUACGAAGUGGGCGACCCCGGCCAGCGAACGCUCAUCGACCCAAACGCCGCCGAGGACCACGUGGACGAAAACCCAAUCUCCGAGGAAAUGGACGUGGACGAAGAAGACGAGGAAGACGAGGACGAGGAGGAGGAGGAGGCGGCGGAAGUCGUCGUUCCCUCGUCGCUGGUUCAGGUGAAGCUGGAGGAGAAACAGCCGUCUUCAGAGGACGAGGAAGAGGAGAAAGACUCGCCUGUUAAAGAACCCGUCACUUUGUCACUUCACUCUGACUCGGAAAAGCCGAAACAGGCGAGUAAAUUCGACAAACUCCCGCUCAAAGUGGUGCGAAAGAGAAACCCCUUCCUGCUGAAUCUGGCGUCUUUGCAGAGGCAGAGUUUCGACAGUGGAUUGACGCACUGGAGCAUCGGCGGAGGAGACACGACGGAGCACAUCCAGACACACUUCGAGAGCCGAUCAGACAUCCUGAAGCUGCGGAAACGCAAACCCACGACGAACAGCGAGAACCGCAAGAAGGUGGGGACGAGAGACGAGUCGGAAAACACGGAGAAACCGCCGCCUACUCUUAUUCCUCCCGUCACCGCAACUAUCGACGACGUCCUUUCCGCUCGACCUGGAUCCGUCACGGAAGAAGUGGUUCGAGGAGGCGCCGAAGAGCAGAAAGAAAACGGGAAAUAUCUGUUCAGUAUUAACCCCGAAAUGCAGAGUCGUCGCAACAUCAAGAUCCUGGAAGACGAGCCUCACAGCAAAGACGAGAGGCCGCUCAGCUCCUUGUCCGACUGGCAGGAUUCGCUUUCUCGCCGCUCCAUCUGCAUCUCAAACAUCGUGCGGAGCCUCUCUUUCGUGCCGGGAAACGACCUGGAGAUGUCGAAUCACCCGGGCCUCCUGCUGCUGUUGGGCCGCCUCGUGCUGCUGCACCACAGGCACCCCGAGAGGAAGCAGGCGCCCGUUACCUACGAGAAGGAGGAAGAGGAGGAUGAAGGAGUGAGCUGUGAACGGGACGAGUGGUGGUGGGACUGCCUGGAGGUUCUGCGUGAGAACUGCCUUGUGACGCUCUCCAACAUCUCGGGCCAGCUGGACCUCUCAGUUUACCCAGAAAGCAUCUGUUUGCCUCUGCUGGACGGCCUGCUCCAUUGGGCCGUCUGUCCGUCAGCCGAAGCUCUCGAUCCCUUCCCGACUUUAGGACCCCUCGCCUCUCUUUCUCCGCAGAGACUCGUCCUGGAAACUCUCAGCAAACUCAGCAUCCAGGACAACAACGUGGAUCUCAUCUUGGCCACGCCUCCUUUCAGCCGCCUGGAGAAACUCUACGGAUCGUUGGUUCGCUUAGUCGGCGAGCGAAAGUACCCCGUGUGUCGAGAAAUGGCCGUUGUGCUUCUGGCUAACUUGGCGCGGGGAGAUAGCUUAGCGGCGCGGGCUAUCGCGGUGCAGAAAGCCAGCGUGGGGAAUCUUCUGGGUUUCCUGGAGGACAGUCUGGCCGCCACUCAGUACCAGCAGCAGAACCAGGGCUCCAUGAUGCAAACGGGUCAUCAGUACGAGCCCACCAGCGUGGACAUGAUGCGGCGAGCGGCCCGAGCGCUACACGCCCUCGCGAAGGUGGAGGAAAACCACUCAGAGUUCACUUUGUUCGAGUCGAGGCUACUGGACGUCUCCGUUUCCCCCCUCAUGAACUCCACCGUUACCCAGGUGAUCUGUGACGUACUUUUCCUGAUCGGACAGUCAUGACAGCCAUGGGGAGGUUUCCGUUCUGCCUCUCGCUCCCCGACUUCCUCCUCCUCAAACAACAACAACAACCCCUUUUUGUUCGGUGUGUCUGUUGCGAGUGAAAAAGAGCAAAACUGACUUUUUGUUUGUCGUUUUUUUUUUUUUAUUUAUGCAAAAUCACCUCGGAUUCCACUGUCUGUUUUUUCUGCCUCCUCCCCCCCUUUCACCUCCUCCUCCCCCCCCCCCCCCCCCCCCCCCCUUCCCCCUUCUCCUCCUGCUUCUCACUAAAAAGGAAGGAAUAUCAUGAAGUAGCUGUGGAUUUUCUGAAAAAGAGCAGAAAUCAACAUCGGGACAUAUAGGACGCGACGGGGGGAGGGGGGGGGGGGGAAUAAAGGACUUUGUUUUUUAAUGAAAAGAUAUAAAAAAAACUCCAGAAAAAAAAAAAAAACUGUAACCAAAGUUGCUGUCUCGUUUACAGUGAAUUUGGGGGGGUCGGCAGAGGGGGGGGGGGGGUGCACGGACUAAACGAUAUUAUGGACUGUGGUGUUGCUGUAAAACUCUGGAUGCUAUAUUUACUCCACAGGAGAGAAACCACACUAUUGGCUGCCAUGGGGAGGCCUGUGCAGUAGAUUGUAGGACUUUUUUCUGUACUGUACCUUUAAGAACUGUAAACAUACUGUAAUAAUAAUAAUACUGUUUCACACUGAGAUACGCUGGCUUGGCAGCAAACUGUAGUUUUUAAAAGACAGUUUUAGUUAUUAUUAAAGAGAGAAAAACAACGGCUUUCCCCCCAAAGUUUGGUGAACCUACAACACCCCGACCUCUUUACUCUUUGUCCCUUGAUUGUAUGACUUGACCCUUAUAUUGAAAAAGUCACUUCUCUAGGACUCGAUGCUAGAUGCAGUCCGAGCUGCGUGUAAAUAUGAUGUUGUACAUUACACCUCUCUAUCUUUCUUCUUCUGUUGCUCUUCACCGUUUUUAAUCUUUGACGAGUUUCCCCCUCCCCUCUUUGCAUCAAGUCAUGUGAUUACUUGACUUCCUCCUCCUCCUCCUCUUCCUCCUCAACAGACUGGGUUUUAGAGAAAUAUAACAAAAAUCAUGAUCCAUUUGAGCUCCUCCCACAAAAUGACAACCUUGAUGAAGAAACCAUUUUUAAUUUGUUUUGUUUAUUUUUUUAUUUUUUAUUUCUUUCUCCAGUGAUGCGGAUUCUGCAUAUUUGUAUUUCAGAUGAUGUAGCUAAAAACUUGAUGUAAAUUCCUCCCUUUUCCCCCUUUUUUUUGGCUUAAUGAAUAUCAUUUAUUCAGUAUGAAAUCUUUAUACUAUAUGUUCCACGUGUUAAGAAUAAAUGUACAUUAAAUCUUCGUAAGACGUUU